AGUUUACAAAGUGCAGCACGAAGGGCUGGUACGAGUUGUGCCAAUUGUAAAACGACAACGACGACACUGUGGAGACGAAAUCAAAACGGCGAACCAGUGUGCAAUGCCUGCGGAUUGUACUACAAACUUCACAAUGUAAACCGACCGCUCACCAUGAAAAAAGAGGGUAUCCAAACCCGAAACCGCAAACUCUCCUCCAAGAGCAAAAAGAAAAAAUCAGGCGCAGCGUGCCUGAGUCUAGGUGGCAUGAUGGGUGACAUGAUGAAACCCCUGGACUCGUCCAAGGGCGGCUUCGGCCAGUUCAACUCGAUGGGCGGCGGCCACCCGCACCUCAACGCCGCACUACACCCCCACCACGCCAUGAGCCACUGGUACCAGAACAGUACGCAUCCGCACGGGUUCGUUAGUGGACCGCCUCCUCCAGCGCCGCCACCGGCUGCGUCGUACCACCACCACAUGAGUUCGUUGAGCGCAGCCGGGUUGGGAUUGACGUCGAAUGGAAUGGCCGGAUGGAGGUCAGAAUACACGUGAUAAGUGGGCCACAACGGCACAGCUAUCGACUCAGUUUCACAAGUCCUGUAGAUAUUUAAUUUUAGGUAAACUUAAGACAUAAGAUCAAAUGAAUUCCUACCCCGUUCCCCGUCUUUCUCACCAUACCUUUUAGAUGAGUAAGAGUAAGAGUAAAUACUAAAUAAUAUAUUUAUUGGGCGUUUGUUACUUGUAAGAAAGCCAACAGAGAAGAUUAUAUUUAUCUAGUUAAUGAUUUUAACAGUGAUUUUUCAUUUUAUACAACUACCAAGUCAGUUUACACUUCGAAAAACUGCAAUUUUUAUUUUCAAGCCUCACAAAAGUAUUAAUUUUUGCGACGUGAGUUAUUUUUUAUACAAGACGAUAAAAUGGUAUUUUAUCGUCGAUCGAAAAGAUUAAUUCACGAGCGAUGAACUCGCGAGUGAAUUCAUUUUUCAUUCAUAAUGCAAUUUUAUCGUCAUGUAUAAAACAAUAUUCUUUUCCAUAGCGAGUUACGUUUUAAAAAAUAUUCAGAA